AGCGGAGCGCCGGAAGCGGCGAAGCAUGUGAGGCCACCGGUAUGUUCGAGCCCAGAGCCACGUCCUCCAGCUAGCACCGUGCCCCCCCCUCAGCUCUAUGCCUCACCAUGGCGCUGAGCUCCUCGUCCGAGGAGGGCACUGUGGCCGUCGUGGUGCGCGUGCGGCCCCCCGACCCCUGCGAGCGAGAGCGGGCCGCGCACCCCAUCCUGCAUGUCAUCGGCCAGAACAUCCUUGUCUUUGGCCCUGAGGAGGCCAGUGGCCCCCCUGGCGGCGUGCUGCCCACCCGUGGGCCCAAGCACCAGGGCAAAGACCUGAAAUUUGUCUUUGACCGGGUUUUCGGGGAGGGGGCCACGCAGGAGGAAGUGUUCCAGUACACCACCCGUGACAUGUUGGACAGUGUCCUCAAUGGCUACAACUGCUCAGUGUUUGCCUAUGGUGCGACUGGAGCAGGGAAAACCUACACCAUGCUGGGCUCAGAGAAAAGCCCUGGCAUUAUGUACCUCACCAUGGUGGAGCUGUACAAGAGGAUUGAGGCUAGAAAGGAGGAGAAGAGCUGUGAGGUCCUAGUCUCCUACCAGGAGGUGUACAAUGAACAGAUUCAUGACCUUCUGGAGCCCAAGGGCCCUCUGGCCAUCCGGGAGGAUCCUGAGAAAGGAGUCGUGGUUCAGGGUCUCUCCUUCCACCAGCCUGUGUCAGCAGAGGAGCUCCUGGAGAUGUUGGCCAACGGCAACAAAAACCGGACGCAGCAUCCCACUGAUGCCAACGCCACCUCCUCCCGCUCACAUGCCAUCUUCCAGAUCUACGUGAAGCAGCAGGAUCGCACUGGCAGCCUCACUUGGGAUCUGCAAGUGGCCAAGAUGAGCCUGAUCGACCUGGCAGGCUCGGAGCGAGCUUCAGUCACCAACACCAAGGGAGAGCGGCUCCGGGAAGGUGCCAACAUCAACCGCUCGCUGCUGGCCCUCAUCAAUGUCAUCAAAGCGCUGGCUGAUGCGAAGGUAAGCAAGAAAACCCACAUCCCAUACCGGGACAGCAAGCUCACACGCUUGCUGAAGGACUCCAUUGGCGGCAACUGCCGCACCGUCAUGAUCGCUGCUGUGAGUCCCUCUGUGCUGGCCUACGAGGACACCUACAACACGCUGAAGUACGCCAGCCAGGCCAAGGAGAUCAAGCUGUCGCUGAAGAGUAAUGUGCUGAGCUUUGACUGCCACAUUAGUAAAUACCCUGCAAUCUGUGAGCAGCUGAAAGCAGAGGUGGCAGCUCUGCGGGCAAAGCUUCGUGCCUAUGAGAGCGCCGCCCGGGAGGCAGGGAACCAGGCGCUGGCGCUGCUGGGUCCCUUCAGCUUGAGCCCAGGGGGGCUGCCCAGAUUGGAGGAAGCUGUCCCGAAGACAUGCUUGGCCCUGGAUGAUCAAAGGGAGAGUGAUGGAGAGCAGCAGGAGCUGGAAGUUGGAUGGCCUGCUGAGCUGCAGCUGGAAUUGGAGGACGACCAGGUGAGAGAAGGGGCUCCAGAGGAAAUGCCUCCCAGCAGCCCCAGAGCAACCCAGCAGACAGAUGCCCAGCUGACACCGAAGAAACUAAGCUGCCUUCUGCAGGGGUUACCCGGCAGCAAGAGACAGACGCUCAUAGCCACUAUCCUGAGCGUUGCCCGAAAGCAGUAUUCCCUCCUGAAGGCUGCCAACCUCCUAACUCCUGACAUAGUCUCUGAAUUUGAGGAAAUGGAGCGUCUGGUCCACCAGGAGGCUGGUGGAAGCCAGGAGCAAGCCAUGCCUCCAAACAGACCUGCAGAGGCCAGUGGGGCCACCGCAGCCCAGAAGAUGCAACAGGGCUGUGACGCAGAGGUGUCUGUUGCCGUGCCCAGUGCCCCUGUGACACGCGCUGCCCUGCAAUGCUUGGAGGAGCUCGCUUCGCUCUCCAGCCCCAUGCCGAUGGUUCCCAGCCCAACUAAAAAGAGGAGGAGGUCUCAGAUGGACAGCACUUCCCAAUCAGGAACUCCCUGCAGCCUCAAAGCACAGAUGAAAUGCCAGCACAAAGGUGGGAAAGCAGCGGAGACUCCCAGGGUGACACAGAACCCAGGCAGCCCCUGUCUCAAAGAGGCAUCCCAGCCACCCCCUGUCUCCCCGGUGCCAUCGUGUUGCACCCCCAAAAUCUGCCCGCGGACGGUCACCAAAAGCCGCGUGCCCCUGGCAGUGUCGGCUGCCCAAAACUGCUGCACCCUGCCUGCUCUGCCCAUCCACAAUCUGAAUGUGACUUUUGAGAUCUGCGAGGACAGCGGUUCACCCAGCCUGGCCCAGCCAGCUGCCUUCAGCCUGCCGGAGUUCCCUGUCUGCGAGAAUGUCCAGAACCUCCUAAACAAGCAGGUUGGCCCCUUCGUGCCCAAAGCCAGAGUCUCAGUGUUUGCCGUGAAGGGUUCCUCCAUCCCCAAGCCCUCCAUCUCCAAAGGACGUGCACAGAAACGGAGGCGAGUGGAGAGCACUGCUUCCCCCUACCUGAGUGGGCUCCAGAGCUGCAGCACCCACGUCCUGAGCAACAGCCAAAGACCUGCACAGCCCUCCCGCAUCCCAGAACAUCCUUCGAGCGCUCUCACCAGGAAGGGCAGGAAGAGGAGCGCCAAAGGGCUCAUGGCACUUGGUAGCGCCCCCCCUGCUCCCACCCCCCAGCCAAUGAAGCUCUUAUGCUGAUUGCUCCACCAUCCCUCCCAAUGUGCAAACCCAGGUGCCAAACUUCUUCCUUUCUUUGGGAGCCCUCUCCCUCCCUUCCUGUAGCCCCACAACGCUCCCCUCAAGCCCUUCUACCCCUGAAGUCACCCCCAGCCCCUCCUGCCCAGGGUCCUGGCUGCAUACCCCCCUCGGCGCAGCCCUGUGUGUUUUUGCAGCAGAUGGAUUAUUGCUGUUCCCUCUCAGCCCCUCUCUAAUCCGUGCCGGGGUGUCGAGUGCUAACAGAUGGGUGAUGCUAAGAAAUAACACACUCUUUUAAUAAAUUCUUUCGUUUCAAACCAGA